UUUUCAGACCCGGAAAUCGACCAGCUACCCUUGAUGGAAAGUCCAGGGUCAAUGCUGGUCAUAUUAACAGCUUAUCUGGCGUUUGUUCUGCGAGUCGGGCCCGCUUUUAUGAGAAAGCGACCACCGUAUAAGCUUACUACGACUCUGCUAGUGUACAAUGCGGUGCAAGUGGCGAUAUCCGCAUAUUUAGUACAAAUGUUUUCCAGGAAUAUUUUUGAAUACGGCGUUACUCCGAAGAAAUGUCUCAUGACAAACGACUUUUCUCGUAAAGAGGUAAUCACCAGCAUUUGGGUAUACUUCGUCGCCAAAAUAACCGAACUAGCAGACACAGUAUUCAUCGUACUCCGCAAAAAGGACCGCCAAGUGACAUUUCUCCACAUGUACCACCACACGAUCAUGGUGCUAGCGACGUGGGCGAUCGUCAAGUAUUGGCCGACGUACGCUCUGAUCUUCGCCGGUUUUAUGAAUUCGAUGGUGCACGUGGUCAUGUACACGUAUUAUGGCUUGGCUGGUCUUGGGCCGAAUGUGACGAAGUAUUUGACGUGGAAGAAGUACUUGACUAAGUUUCAGAUGGCACAGUUCGUGUCAGUGUUAAUCCAGUACACUACAGCAGUCAUGGUUUCAGAGUGUCCCCCGCAGAAGUCUUUCAAUAUCCUCAUACUCUGCAAUACAGUGUUCUUCUUACUGCUUUUUAGUCAUUUCUACAUAAAAGCAUAUUUAAAGAAGAAGAAGGCGUAACUUAGUUAUGUGAAUAAAUUUUAUUUUCAUAUUUUCACCUCAGCAGGGGAACGAACAAGGGUACUUCUGCUUAAAAGAGUGAGCAAAAUUAGAUUUUGCUCACUCAGUGAUCUCGAAAUCACAAUGCCUUUGGAGUGAAGUUGGUCGUAUUCGAAGUCAACGUCGAUAUUAAAGUCAAAACCAUGGUCGCAGUCCAAGCUGCAAUAGCAGUCUCAACAACGUCACCAGAACAGUAAUGCAGCUGCAGUCGACAUCUUAACGUUACCUUUAGUCAUGGUCAGUCUCAGUCGCAUUGGGAUCUGGGAGCGGAAACAGAAAUAAUAACCAGAAUAGAACUGGAACGGAUGUUGAAUCAGGAAUGGGAACGGGAACUGGAAAGGAAAUGGGACUGCAGUGAAAUGAAGAGUAGAAGAGGAAAUGGAAUUGGGUUUGUGACUGUUUUUUUGCAUAAUUUGUAAAUAAACGUAUUUAGGGGAACUUUCCGUUC